ACUCUAUGAAAUAAUUCAAUAUGGCGAUUUUAUACUUGUCAUUUAACUGUGAUGGUGAUAAUUGUUCGUUGCGUAGGAAAUAUCUCAAUUAGUACGUAAUAAAAUGGCAGAUACAGGUCUUCGCAUGAAUUUUGCGGCAUUAAAAAGGGCUGACCCAUAUGCAAAAGAAAUAAUUGAUAGUGCGACGCACGUCGCACUUUAUACUUUUGAAGAAAACGAAUGGGAAAAAACCAACAUUGAAGGUGCUUUGUUUGUGUACUCCAGAAAUGGAGAACCUUACCAUAGUUUAGUAAUAAUGAACAGGUUGAAUACUAGUAAUUUAGUUGAGCCUGUAUCAAAAGGUAUUGAACUGCAAUUAAAAGAACCAUUUCUUUUGUAUAGAAAUGCGAAGUGCCGUAUUUAUGGAAUAUGGUUUUAUGAUAAAGAGGAAUGUGUAAGGGUAGCAACAAAACUAAAUUCUUUGGUUAAAGAUUCUAUGAAAGGACCGAAUGAAAUUCCGCAAUCAACAACAUACAGUGCACCACCAACCGCAAGUGCUCCUGUUGACAUAUUCACUAUGCUCAGUAAAGCGCAAGAUGAUUUCAAUUCAAAUAAAGGUGUGGUUUCGAAUAAACCUGAUUCAACAGUUCCUAGACCACCUGACAUGACAUCACAAAGUGUAAUGGAUUUCUUUGCCAAGGCUGGAAGUGGAGCAGCAGUACAAAUGCCUUCUGUGUCAUCCCUUCCAUCUCCUGGUAUAUUUGGGCCAAGACCAAAUGAUGCUAGAGAGACGCCUAUGUUGCUGCAGAGGCUGAUGAGCAACCCAGCUCAUUCGGUCGAACAUAUUGAAAAACAACAAAGGUCUGUUACACCUCAAGAAGGACAUACAAUUAAUGGUAACAAUUCUAUAGAUACAAUGAUGAGUCAGACUGGAUUUCAGUUAAAAUCAACUCCAAUCGAUAAACAGAACCAGCUUAGGACACCAAAAUUAAAAAAUUUGCAGCAUAUUGAGUGCAAUGGUCCUAACCCCCUGGAGAGUGAAUUGAACUUAAUGAAUAUAUCAUCUCCAAAGCCUUCAUCCCCUCUAGCAACAUAUUUGAACCAAUCGGAAAUUGUUCAUGUGACCCCGUACAAUAGUGGUAAAUUAGAGGAUUUAGGGAUGGCCCCUAUAAUGAAUCCUUUUCCUAAUCAGCCCAAGCCUGCAUUGAUGCCACCAACAAUGUUUACUGCGACUACAAGCUGUGAAGUUCAAUCUUCACCAGAACAUUUAACAAGGAAUCAACUUCUUCAAGCUUUUAAUUAUUUACUUAAACAUGACUCUGACUUUGUAAAUAAGUUACAUGAAGCCUAUGUAAAAUCUUUUUCAGAAAAAGCCUUUUCAGUUUCAUAAAAAUUCUUACCAACUAUCAGGAUACAAUAAUGUACAGUUGUAAUUUGAAUAUUGAAUUCUCUAAAAUGUUGUGUAGAUCCAUUAGUAAUGUAGUAAAUUGGUUGAACAAUUUUUUAAUAAGUUUAAACCCAUUGACUGUGACACUGUACAGAAUUAAUUUUAGUAUUGCAACAUUUCUAUUCGGACAAGUCAUUAUUAACAAUGAUGAAAAGUUUUUUGUGAUAUUAUCAUUUAUUUACUGGCUUUAUAUAGUUAAGCUACAAUGCAGAUGUGCUUAGAAACCUCAUAUGUGACUGAAGUUGCAUAACAUGUGUUGUAACCAAGUGCAUGUUUGAAACAAUUAAACUGCUACAAUUAUUUGCUAGAGUAAUUUCUCUGAGGAAUUAAAAUCCUUUGUUACAUUUUAGAGUAAACCAUAUUUCUUUUAUUCUAGCAACAAAUCUAUUAUUUUGCUUUCCAUUUUCUCUAAUAAUUUACAGUUGUGUGACAUAUUAUUCUUAUUAAUAUAAGAAAACCUUUUAACAUUUACUUUUUGUGACAAUUGAAAAACUUCCUUUAUUUUUAGACAUUUGAGUAUUGUAUUUUUCUAAAUGAAAGUUUAAAUCCAUUUGAGAAACCAGACAAAAAUAAUUCCAUUUGAGAAGCCACAUAUAAAUAUUUGAUGCUAUAGUUUUUCAUGCAUUACAAGUUUUUGAAUAGGAAUAAAAUUCAGAAGUCCUCACCUCUAUUUACUGAAUUGGUUGUUAUACUCUAAAACAUUAGCAAUUUGACUAAUAUGUAAAGGAGCAUUUAUAAAAAAUAUAGAUUAGAUUUCCUUACUACCCAGACCCAUCUUUCCGAACAACAAAAUGCCUUGAAGACAUGACGGUUCAAAUUUUAUAUUUUUGUAUAUGCUCCUAAUUAGAUUUAUAAAAUGUCCCAGUUUUUUAAAGUGUAUUAUUUGCAAAAACAAUCUCAAAUUAAAUAGUUCCAAAGCAAAA